CGUGACAAUGACGUCACCAUCAUCUGAGACCGUAAAUGUCAUUGAAAACUCUACCCAAAUAUUCAUCUGUCAAACUGACUGGGGAGAGCCGGCUGCAACGGUCACGUGGUUUAAAUCAUUAGAGGCAUCUGAUGCUGCUAUCACAAUAGGAAUAACACAUGUGGAAAGCAAUAAAAAUGGAACAAUCCAAGUGACAAGUACACUGAGGUACACUGCUACGAGGGCUGACACUAAUUACACAGUGUUCUGUAAAGCAACCAAUGGUGGAGUUGUCACGCAGUCGGUGAAGAAGCCUCUGCUGGCCAUCAUGUAUCCUCCACCAAACGGUCCAGUCAAAGAAGGCUUGCCUGGUGCAGAUGUAUACAACAUGAUACGCGGCUCUUCAACUCAGCAGCAUCUUAAAUGCUCUGUCACAGGGGGGUAUCCAUUACCUACACUGUCCUGGAACUGCUAUGGUGGUGCCCAGAAUGGGUCUACACAAGGAAACACCGUAACAAGUACUGUAUACUGGGUUGCUGGUGUGAAUGUGGACUCCAACUGUACCUGUACUGCCCAACAAUCUGGAACUGGAUGGGCGAGGACUAUGUCUGCUCCUGUCAACGUACUCUACACACCAUCUAGUCCGAACUGUACAGUAGGUUCUGCAUGGCUGACCACCGGUAAUAUUCGAGUUAUUAAAGGAAGGACAUUAACCAUUGCCUGCAGCACUAGCGCUAACCCUUUGCCAACAUACACAUGGACGUUACCCUCAGGUGGUACACACAGCAACAACAGUCUGUCUGUGCCAAAUGUGAACACAGAAGGCACAUAUCGUCUGUCAGUACGUAACACAAUGGAACCAACGAGGGGGGACAUCGAGAUGGGUAUCGGUUAUACAACAUUCAACAUUGAAAUACUUGCGUCUCCCUCUGAGCCUGUAUUCUACUAUGGAAUCUCCCCUUCUGGUUCUGCAAUACCUAGUAACAACCUGGAUGUUAUCAAGGGGACUCGAUUCUCGGUUACUUGUUUCGCUACUGGAAACCCUGCACCCACCAUGACAUGGGAUGGAUCCAAUCAGACUUGGUCAGCUAUAGCUCAGUACAACCUUUCUAAGACAUGCAGCGUGGUCAAUAUAUUGAACCCAACCGGAUACAGUCAGGAACAAGGGACUUCUCAGGAAACCAAACUUACCGUUGGAGUAUUGUUUCCUCCAGCAGUUAUUGAGUGUACAGUGGGAUCUGCAAGAUUUACUUCAGCCCCAGUGUAUGUUAAACGAGAUUCCACGUUCAUCAUCCGAUGUAACAGCACCAGUUUCCCUGCUCCAUACAAUUACACAUGGACUUUGCCUAAUGGUGAAACUCGAGUCGGACCAGAACUUUCAGUGCAGAACAUACACUCUGUGCAAUCAAACCAGUAUCAAGUUACGGUCAGCAACAUAAUGGUGCCUAGUUUUGGAGAGGUUACAAUAGGCACAUAUUCAACCAGUCUGGAUAUCCAACUUCUGUAUCCACCACAUAUUCAGUCUGGCAUUCAUAUCCAAGGAGACAGCUCUACAUUCUCUGUCAAUGACAGCUACAUAUCAACAGUGGAGAAUAGCACAUUUACCUUGUCAUUUAAUGUCACACCUGGAUAUCCGUCAGCUACACAGUAUACCUGGUCCCGACGUAUUGGAAACACACAGAGUUCAACUAGGGCAAAAACCGUCAUUAACAUUAAACGAAAUGACGCCGACAGUUACAUCUUUAACGCAUUCAAUCGGAUGAAUCCAACUGGAUUUGGAGAGGAAACUGGCACAGCAUCGCAUAAUGUUUACAUAAAUGUUAAAUACAGGAGUGUCAUAACCACAUUCUAUGCACAUGCCGCCUUAGGGGAUGUAAUCGUUAAAGCACCAGAAGGAACCACGUUCAAACUCACUUGUGUGACAGACAGUAACCCUUUGCCUAAAAUAACACUUACAAAAAAUGGAGCAACGGUACAAGAGAUAACAUCUGUCAAACAGAUGGAGUAUAAUAAACCAAACAUUUCCUGCGAGAAUGACAUGGGAGAAUACACAUGCUUGUCAAAGAAUGAACUGAAUCCAUCUCCUGAUAUGAGAACGCUGCACUUGUAUGUGCUUUGCAAACCGCGGUUGUCCUCAUUUGCACAAAAUGCUUCUUAUAUUACGGGAAGUCUUCGCUCCUCUGCUAACCUUUCUAUUACGGUGGUUGCAUAUCCAACUCCAAACUAUACUUGGCAGAAAAUGAGUGAAUCAGGAUGGACGAUGCUUGUACCCUCUGCCAGAAUGUCAAUCGUUACGUCUGCUGAUCACUUGCAGUCAAAUGUUAGCAUCUCGGACAUACAAGAAGCAGAUUUUGGAAGCUAUCGAGUCGUUUCGAACAAUUCGGAAGGAGAGAUCUCAAUCGUACUUUAUUUCCAGGUUGCAUUCAGACCUAAAAUACCAAGAUACUUUCAUUACACGCAAUCUUUGCAUCCUGAAGCGUCAGCCACAUUUUACUGGCUUGCUGGCUAUAACGGGGGUUAUAUACAAACAUUUUACAUUGAAUACAAGCAAAUUGAAUCACAAAGAUGGGAUCAGGUGACUGUCGUUGAGGAUAAACAUGAGCAACUGAUGAACAUCACUGUCGGCAACUUAAGACCAGAAACAGAAUAUCAAGCGCGGAUAUAUGCAAUAAACAAGAUCGGAUCCUCAGAUAUAAGUGACUCUAUAAAUUUUACAACACUAGGCACAAUUGCUACCCAGAAAUCGGUGUCCAAUAUCGGAUUAAUCAUUGCUGGAAUUGUGCCGGGUUGUAUUCUUGUUGGUGUCAUCGCUAUUCUUAUUUAUAUGCGUCUAACCUAUCGCAUUCACUUAACAAAGAAAUGUAAUGAGACGCAUGCAGCAUUAUACGACGAUGUGAGCAGCAGGAACGAAAUAACAAACCGUGAGUUUAAAGACCGCUUAUAA